AAAUCAACGUGAUGUGAUGGUCCGCUUGCCCAUCAGAGACCCUUCACAACUUACAUGCAGGGAUUUGAUCAAUACGUGCGCCAUAUCCUCUCCAAAUGGCUUCCAGGGAUGAUGAAUUCGUCAGUCGUGACGAGCAUGUCGAAGGCUCGACAGAUGAACGUCGAGGAACUAAAUCGCCAUCAUUGACCGCCAACUAUCUGCGAAUUCUAUCCUAUGGUUCUAGGAAUGGUGGAAUAUUUGCCAUGAUCCUCGGGUUAAUAUGCGCUCUGGGCUCAGGAAUUGCGCUUCCUUUGAUGACCAUUGUGUUUGGUAAACUGGUCGGGGACUUCAAUCAAUACUUUGUCCCAGGCUCCGGCCUCAGCGAACAAACGUUUCGAUCCAAGGUCAAUAAAAGCAGUCUUUACAUAGUGUACUUGUUUAUUGGCAAAUUUGCAUUGACCUAUAUCUCUAUGAUCUGCUUUCGAUUGAUUAGCCUUAAAGCUUCGGCCGCAUUGCGUCUGGAAUACACUCAUGCUUUGUUCGCACUCCCCGUCAACAGACUAGAUGAAAUAUCAGUUGGCUCCGUCACUCACACCAUUACCGCACAGUCGAACACCAUUCAGCAAAGUGUUUCAGAUCGAUUGGCAAUUCUGUUUCAGUCUCUGGCCCUACUCAUUUCGGCAUAUGCAAUCGCCUUCCGAUACUCAUGGGCGCUUACCCUAGUCGUCAGUGCAGCCAUCUUGUUUGUGAUCAUCGGCUUCAGCAUCACUGUGCCUUUCUUGGUAAAGGCACAGCACAGCAUUGAACAAGCGGAGCACAAACAUGCAUCUGUAGCGGCAGAUACUUUCGGCUCUAUCAGAACCGUGAUAUCUCUUGGGGCCGAGAAUUCACUGUACAGAAAAUAUUCAUGGUGGACUGAAGAGGCCCAGAGACGAGGCCUCAGGAUGUCACCGAUGACCGGUAUUCACUUGGGCAUGCUUUUCUUUGCCAUGUAUGUUAGCUUUGCAUUGGCAUUUUGGUUUGGUUUGAAGCUCUAUCGUGAAGGUCACAUUGAAAAUAUUAAUACCGUCAUCACUGUUUUCUUUUCCGUUCUACUUGUCGUCACGGUUCUCGGAAGUAUCGCAUCACCACUUAUGAUCAUCUCCAAAGCGAUCAGUGCCUCUGGUCCAUUCUUUGACGUGAUUGAUGCAGAACAUCGGACCCCAUUCUCUGGCCUCCGAGACCCCGAUAUAUCUAGCCAGGCCGAUAUUGUGUUUGACAAUGUCAGCUUUGCAUAUCCGGAACGGCCUAGCAAGUUUGUGUUGAAUAAUUUCACGGCCCGCUUUCAGACAGGCAAGACGACAGCAUUGGUUGGGUCGUCUGGGUCUGGAAAAAGUACAGUCGUUGGCUUAAUUGAGAGAUGGUACCAACUGUCGAGCGAUCGUGAAGCGGCCCAAGGCAAAAUUCUUGUGGACGACCACCAUAUCAAUGACCUUGAUGUGAAGUGGUGGCGGUCCCAGAUUGGGCUCGUUCAGCAGGAACCAUGUCUGUUCAAUGAUUCGAUCUACAGCAAUGUUGCAUUUGGUCUGAUCCGGUCCAAAUGGGAGAACGAGAGCGAGAGUGUGAAGAUGGAACUGGUCAGUGCGGCGUGCAAAGAGGCUUUUGCGGAUGAAUUCAUCGAGCGGCUUCCUAUGGGCUAUGCUACAAUGAUUGGAGAAUACGGCACAAAUCUGAGCGGUGGCCAACGCCAGAGACUCGCCAUCGCUCGUAGCAUCGUCAAACAACCGGUAAUUCUAAUCCUGGAUGAAGCGACCAGUUCAAUUGAUGUCCGUGGAGAGAAGGUGGUUCAGGCUGCUCUUGACCGGGUGUCCCAAAACCGUACUACCAUUAUGAUUGCCCAUCGCUUGUCGACCGUCCGCAGAGCAGAUAAUAUUAUCGUCAUGAAAGACGGAACCAACAUCGAGGAAGGGACCCAUGACGAUCUUACGCUCAAAGGGGGAGUAUACCACAGUCUGGUCCAUGCCCAGAAGCUAGAUUCAUGGGCUGAGCCUAAGGAAAACCUUGGGGACAUUCUUGAUAUUGGGAACAAGGAGAUUCGAGCGCAAGAACAAGACUACUCUAUGUCCGAUCAAGAUGGUGAGGAUGGUGAACCCGAGAAGAGUGGCAAGAAAGCCAAGACUGUAGGCCUUUUCCGGAGCUUUGGAUCAGCUGCCUACAAGCAUCGUGAACAUUGGUUUCUAUUCAUUUUGAUCAUUGUGGGAGCUGUCGGGGCGGGAUCCGGUUUUUCAUUGCAAAGCUGGCUCUUUGCCAAGUUGGUUCAGGUGUUCCAGUUCACAGGCCAAAAGCUCUCUGAUGCUGCGAAUUUCUGGUCGUUAAUAUUUUUUGUUCUUGCUCUUGCCAUGGCUUUCUUUUAUUUUAUACUGGGCUUGGCCUCGAAUUCCCUCUCUAUGUUUGUUGUAUCAUCAUGCCGCAAAGAUUACUUCUUCAACCUUAUCCGAAAGCCCAUCGAGUUCUUUGAUCGUGAUGAAAACGCCUCCGGUAGCUUGACCUCUCGACUAUCCACUGAUCCGAGGCAGAUUCAAGAGCUGUUCGGUCCUACCGGCGUGUUCCCUCUCAUCUCGAUUUUUAAUGUCAUGGGGUGUGUUGCCAUUUCGUUUGCCUUUGGCUGGAAGCUGGCCGCAGUCACUUUCUUCGCCGCAAUGCCAUUCCUUUUCCUUGCGGCUUUUAUGCGGAUUCGAUAUGAAAUCAUGUUUGAAUCGAUGAACGCGGAGGUUUAUAAAGACAGCUCUAAGUUCGCGGCAGAAGCCAUUAGAGCGUUUAGAACUGUUACUGCGCUAACCAUGGAGGAUCACAUUAUCCAAAGGUAUUCAAAGUUGUUAAAACAGCAGAGACAAAAGGCCAUCAGAAAGGCAUGGUAUGCGACGCUUGUCUUUGCCUUUUCGGACAGUGUAGAGCUAUGCGCAAUGGCGCUCACUUUUUGGUACGGAGGGCAACUUCUAGCCUCCCGGGAAUACGACACCGUCGCCUUCUUCGUGGUAUAUAUUGCUAUCAUACAAGGGGGCCAAUCUGCCGGGCAGUUCUUCAGCUUUGGUCCCAACAUCGCUCAAGCUAAAGCCUCGGCCAGUCGUAUUAUGCAAUCACAAUCUGCUUCUGAAUAUCAGCUUCAAAGUCAGCCUACGGCGCAAAUUUCGUCUGCCAACCUCAAUGCUAAAGUCGAGCUGAAAGAGGUCACCUUCAACUAUCCUACUUGCAAUUACCCGACACUUCUUAAUGUCAACAUUACUAUCCAAAGCGGUCAAUUUGUCGCAUUCGUCGGACCCUCUGGCUGUGGCAAGUCCACCAUAAUUUCAUUGCUGGAGAGGUUCUAUGAGCCUACUCAUGGUGCGAUCUUUUUCAGUGGGCAUGAUGUCCGCUCUAUUGAGCUUUCUUCCUACCGUCAUGCUCUAUCUCUGGUCCCACAAGAGCCAAAACUAUUCGAAGGGAGUAUCCGCGAUAAUUUACUUCUUGGCCUCGAAACCACAGACGACACUCUCCUCGAGGAACAGACAGUCCAGGCUUGCAAAGAUGCUGAGAUUCACGAUUUCAUAAUAUCUCUCCCGCAGGGCUAUGAGACAGAACUUGGUGUUAGUGCACAGACAUCGCUCAGUGGUGGUCAGAAACAACGCUUGUGUAUCGCACGAGCACUGAUCCGAAAACCUUCACUGCUUCUAUUGGACGAGGCAACAUCCAGUCUGGAUUCGCAAUCUGAGAAGCUCGUUCAAGGUGCCAUGGAGCAGCUCGCUGCAAAACGUGACAUGACCAUUAUCUCCGUUGCACACCGACUGGCUACGAUUCAAAAGGCAGAUAGGAUCUUUGUAGUUGGCGAGUAUGGGACUGGUCAGGGAUCGGGUAUUCUUGAACGAGGGACGCAUCAAGAGCUACUGCAGAACAGGGGUCCUUAUUGGCAGAUGUGUCAAGCACAAGCUCUGGACCAACAAGUCUAACUUUGAAACAAGUUGUGGCAAAAAAAGCAAGGAAUAUAAUUAUUUUCAGU